AUGGAGCAGGACCCUGGAUUCAUCGCCGCGGUGGAGGAGGCCAAGCAAGGCGCUGCUGAGGGCGGCGUCCCCAUCGGAGCCUGUCUGGUCUCCAAGGACGGCAAGAUCUUGGGUCGAGGCCACAAUAUGCGUGUGCAGAAGGGUAGUCCCGUCCUGCAUGCCGAGAUGUCUGCUCUCGAAAACUCUGGACGUCUUCCCGCAUCGGCGUACGAGGGUGCCACCAUGUAUACGACGUUGUCCCCUUGUGACAUGUGUACCGGGGCAUGCAUCCUGUACAAGAUCAAGCGAGUGAUCGUCGGCGAGAACAAGAACUUUGUCGGUGGUGAGGAGCUGCUGAUCAGCAAGGGCAAGGAGCUGGUGAUCUUGGACAACCAGGAGUGCAAGGACAUGAUGGCCAAGUUCAUCAAGGAGAAGCCUGAGCCAUGGUAA